UAAGAAAUUAAUCAUUAUUGUUGGUUUACGGUAUACCCGAGUUGUUCUGAUCAAGUCUGACUAUCAGCUGCUGGAACUUGCGCUAUUAGUUUACAAGUGUAUUUGUUUCCAGAAGAUUCUAGAGUUCUGCUUCUCAUCUUCCAGAAUCACAACCCUUUAGACCUCGUAAUUCAACCUUAUCAUGGAAUCAGCAGAAGUCCAUUUGUGGUCUUCCAGAAAACCUCCACACACUCCUGGUUCUGCUGGCUCACAGGUUUGUGGAGCUGUACGGACAGAAACUUGUACAGCUUCAGGUGAAGGGACAUCAGGCUCUGGGGGCCACGCCACACCAGUGGACCGACAAAAUCAUGUAAUAAAGGAAGAACCUGAAGAUGAAGGCUACCUCUGUGGAAGAACAUCAGUCUCUGAGGGACACAUCACACCUGUGGAUCAACAGAAAUGUGUAAAACAAGAAGAACCUGAUUUUGGAAUGGAUGAUGACCAGUUACAAGUCUUUAACUGCUCCUGUUGUUCACUUUCUUAUACAUCUCAAAUUUACCUCCACGAACACAUUAGAAGAUGCCACUGUGAUGAAUAUGAGAGACUGAUAAAAUCAGGAGAGAUGACACACAAAAGUCUUAUGACCACAAGAAAAUCCAGUAUUCAAAUAACUAGUAUUCACAAUAGUAACAACACUCACGAAGGAGUUCAGAAAGAUAUCUAUCCCUGCCUACAGCGUGAGAAGAAUUUUCCUGAUCAGAAUGAUCUCAGACAACACCAGCGCAUUCGCACAAGAGAGAAGCCGUAUCACUGCUCACAGUGUGGGAAGAGUUUUCUUCGGCCAAGUCACCUCCAAGCGCACAAGCGCAUUCACAUGGGAGAGAAACUGUAUCAUUGCUCAGAGUGUGGGAAAAGGUUUACUCAAAAAAUUGGGCUCCAAACCCAUGAGCACAUUCACACAGGAGAGAGGCCGUAUCGCUGCUCAGAGUGUGGGAAAAGUUUUCUUCGAAAACACGAGUGCCAAAUUCAUGAGCGCAUUCACACAGGAGAGAAGCCAUAUGACUGCCCCCAGUGUCAGAAGAGUUUUAAUAGACAGAGUAGUCUUAAAAGACACCAGCGCAUUCAUACAGGGGAGAGGCCAUAUCACUGCUCUCAGUGCGGGAAAAGUUUCAGUCAACACAGUCAUUUCCAGACACACCAGCGUAUUCACACAGGAGAGAAGCCCCAUCACUGUCCAGAAUGUGGAAAGAGAUUUAUUCGACAAAGUGAUCUUCAAACACACCAACACGUUCACACAGGACAGAAGCCGUAUCACUGCUCGCAAUGUGGGAAAAGGUUUAAUCGGCCGAGUCUUCUCCAGACACACCAGCGCAUUCACACAGGAGAGAAGCCGUAUCACUGCGCAGAAUGUGGGAAGCAGUUUAUUCGACAAAGUUAUCUUCAAAUACAUCAGCGUGUUCAUACAGGAGAGAAGCCAUAUCACUGCCCAGAAUGUGGGAAGAGGUUUACUCGACAGAGUUAUCUUCAAGCACACCAGUAUGUUCACAUGCAAAAGAAACCAUAUCACUGCAGAGAGUGUGGCAAGAGUUUUAUUCAACAAAGGGGUUUUAGACGACACCAGUGCAUUCACACAGGAAAGAAGACAUAUCGUUGCUCAGAGUGUGGGAAGAGUUUUAAUCAUCAGAGUGUUUUUAAAAUACACACACGCAUUCACACUGGAGAGAAGCCGUAUCACUGCUUACAGUGUGGGAAGAGCUUUAAGCAACAGAGAACUAUCAAAGCACACCAGGCCAUUCACACAAGACAGAAGUACAGUAGGGCUUUAGAAUACCCCAUUUUGGUGAGGAAGAUGUGGGAGAAGCCCAUGGCCACUGCAAGUGCUGCUGCUGGACUCCGCCGUAAACUCACCACAGAAGAAGACGGCAGGUUGCAGGAAGUUUUUACCCCGUUUGAGGAAGAAUCACAACCCUUUAGACCUUGUAAUUUCAACCUUAUCAUGGAAUCAGCAGAAGUCCAUCUGUGGUCUUCCAGAAAAUCUCCACACACUCCUGCUUCUGCUGGCUCACAGGUUUGUGGAGCUGUACGGACAGAAACUUGUACAGCUUCAGGUGAAGGGACAUCAGGCUCUGGGGGCCACGUCACACCAGUGGACCGACAAAAUCAUGUAAUAAAGGAAGAACCUGAAGAUGAAGGCUACUUCUGUGGAGGAACAUCGGUCUCUGUGGGACACAUCACACCUAUGAACCAACAGAAAUAUGUAAAACAGGAAGAACUUGAAGAUGAAGGCUACCCCUGUGGAGAAACAUCAGCCUCUGUGGAAAAUAUGGACCAAGAGUAUGGAAUGUUUCAAAAGAUGCCCGUAAAAGAUGAUGAGUCUGAAGAUGAAGACUAUUUCUGUACAACACCAGUCUCUGAAAUGAGUGAUGCUGAGUUUCGAGUCUUCUCCUGCUCCUGGUGUUCACUUUCAUAUACAUCUCAAAUUUACCUCUACAACCACAUCAGAAGAUGCCACUAUGAGGAAUAUGAGAGACUGAUGAAGUCAGGAGACAUACAAAAUCAGGAAAAUGUGAUGUCCACAGAUAGCUCCAGUAUUCCACGAACAGUCCCUACUUCCCUCAACGGUAAUACAACUAAUAAGCAAAAGCAGAAAGUAAUCUAUGCCUGCUCACAGUGUAUUAAGACUUUUACUAACCAGAAAAGUCUCCUACGACACCAGCAAAUUCACACAACAGAGAAACCCCAUCAAUGCAGACAGUGUGGCAAGAGUUUUGCCCACCACAGCUUACUUCAACGACACCACCACAUUCACACCGGAGAGAAGCCAUAUCAAUGCUCGCAAUGUGGGAAAAAAUUCAGCCAGCAGAGUAAUCUUCAAAAACACAUGGGAACUCAUACAGGAGAGAAGCCGUACCACUGCACUCAGUGUGGGAAGAGUUUCAGUCAACGGUGUAAUCUCCAAAAACACUUAGGCAUUCACACCGGAGAGAAGCCAUAUCAAUGCUCGCAAUGUGGGAAAAAAUUCAGCCAGCAGAGUAAUCUUCAAAAACACAUGGGCACUCACACUGGAGAGAAGCCGUACCACUGCACUCACUGUGGGAAAAAUUUUACUCAAAAUGUCAGUCUUCAAAAUCACCUGGGCAUUCACACAGGUGUGAAGCCAUAUCAUUGCUCAGAGUGUGGGAAGAAUUUUACAACAAAGCGUUAUCUCCAAAAUCACCAGUUAAUUCACACAGAACAAAAGCCUUAUCUCUGCUUAGAGUGUGGAAAGGGCUUUACUCGAAAUCAUGAUCUCCAAGUACACCAGCGCAUUCACACAGGAGAAAAUCUGUAUUACUGCUCGGAGUGUGGAAAGAGCUUUAUUAGAUAUGCUACCUUCAUGUAUCACCAGAAAUUUCACAUAACAGAGAAACCAAUUCAGUGCUCUCAGUGUGGACGGAGAUUUACCUAUUCAGGAGCACUUAACAUACACAAGUGCUCCAACAAGGAGUAAAGGGGACAUAUUAUGAAAAACUCACUUUUCAGUGCUUGUGCACAUAUAAUUGGGUAUCUGGAGUGUUUACCAACCCACAAACUCUGAAAUAAGGCAACUCAGUCAGUUUCAUUUGGGCUGCUGAGAUCAUAAAACAUGUGAGCCAACAAAGUCCCCUUCUUACAUACAAAGGGGCUCUCAUUAGAAUUAUACCUCCUCACGUUGGAGAGGUUUUUUUUUUUUUUUGGGUCCUGGACCCGCUAGCAUUAUAUCAAAGCGAGCUAAGAAUGGGAAGUGCUCUGUUGUUGGUUACACAGAGCAACACAUCCUUACAUCGACCCUCCCAGCCUCAGAAGAUAUAAGAGCUGAGUAGAUUUAAUGUUUUUGAUGGCAAUGUCCCAGGUACAGUCUGCAGAAAUCUGUUUGUAUGUCAUAAACACUGUGUCUGAAUGUUUUUCCAACCUGGUCUAGUACAACGUAGGAUUGGCAGUGAAAGUUUACCUAAAACAGGGAUCAAUGCCAGCUCACUGUAAGGGCAAUUAAUCAGAUUUUAUUUUCAAUUACAAUUUUGGUUUCCAACGAUUCUGAAAACAGGAUAAUUUGGAUAAAAUGAAUAUUAGUACUGGAGCCGAUUCUCGAAAAACCGAUGUAUCCAAAGUUUGCUGCACCCCCAUCAUUAUUAAGUUUGAUGAUUUUUUUUCCUAUGUUUUUGGAUUUCGGAAUUUUAUAUUUUCAAACCAUUACCUGUCUGGGAAAGUGUCCAUUCGAUUCUAAUUUGGACAAUUUAUGUAACAGUGUAUAGCGCAAUUAGGCAAAAAAUGAAGUGGCCACACGUAUCAUUAAACUCUUUUAACAAUGCUUCAAGUACGUUUUUGUAAUUUAUGCCUCAAGGAAAGGGUAUAGUAUUUCUAUAUAAUUAUAGAAAGUAUAAAAAGUUUGAAUAAAAUAAGUGAAACUUGCAUAAAUUCAAAGAAAAGUUGGAUGCCGAUGGGAUGAAAUAGUCACAAUAUUCUUUGCUUUGUAGUUUUUUAAUUUAUUUUCCAAAUACAUCUGCAAUUUAAUGCUCUUUGUAUUUGCAUAAAUACAUUCUUGUAUGAAUAAAGUAACAGCGACAUUUUGAAGCUGUGAUCAUAUUUAUUUUAUUUUAAGAUUUAUAUCGCAUUCCGCUUUCAUGUUCACUAAAACACUUGGCAUUGUCUGCCAUUUAUGCACUAAUCUUGUACAUAUCCAUUCACAUUUGGCUGCAAGUCCCAGUAAUUACCUGCUACAAAUGAUCUGUUGCAGCUCUCCUCCAUCACCUGCACUAGCCAAGCUUAAUCAGUUUUCACAUCAAUCUGAAUAUUCAUGCCAAUAUGAGUGACAAGGAAGGUGACAAAAAGAUUCCUGGUGGACCAUCUUCUGUGUUCAAAUUUGAUCCUCUAAGUGCAGACCAACCAGAAGGAAAGUGAGCUAAACUUUCAGUGAAUUGGGACAAAUGUUUGUCUUGGGGCUUCCUCAAGUGUUGGCAAAGUAGAGAAAUUUACUGAAUUAUCUUGGCAAAAAUUCUGCCAGGCAGCCAAGUGUCGACAGGAUAAUGUGAAUGUUCUGAGGGACGACAUGUUUGGCACACAGACUACAGAUCCAUGCAGGCUCCCACCCUGUCAGAGUGCAGCUGCAAAUCACCUCCAUCAUCCAAACUACCAGGCUGCCACAUGGAGAAGGUGCUUGGAGAAUUACCCAUAUGUUCCAUCUCCCCAUGGUCACAGCUGGGAAGUCUCUGACAGGGAAAUUGGCAUCAAAUGGGUAGCUGUGCCCCUUGCACCCAAGUUAGUCUUGGAAUGUGUGAGCUGCAAUUGUCAAAAGUGUGCCAACAACAGAUGUUCCUGAAAAGAGAAUGGCCUGAAUUGUACGAGGGCAUGCAAAUGUAAGUCUGACAAAUGUGAAAACUCAAAGGACACUGUUGCUGACUUGGCAGUGGACCAUCUGGAGUCAGAGGAUGAGUCAGAUGAUAAGUGCAUGAAAGUCUUUGUGAACACAAUGCUACUUGUACUAAGAUUUCUAGAUGUUUGCAGAGUAACAGCAAAUUGGUAUGUUAUGGUUUUGGCCAGUCAUUUGAAAAUGUUUUAACUUGUUACAAAAUUCUUCAAUGGUAGCUUGGUUUUUCCACUGUUCUUAUAAAGGUUUUUCUUUAAUGUGAUCUGAUGAUGUCAAACAUGGAAGAGUUUCAUUUUCUAACAUGAGUUUUCAGAGCAAUGAAAGAACCCAAAUCUUGAGAGAUGGCACUCUAGAAUUGUAGACUAGCAUUGUUUUGUCGUCAAGGACACUUGCAUUUUUUUGCUUUGGAUUAUUUUCCUUGCCACCAUCGCCACAGGCUUGAUCACUGGGGAUAAAUUGGGGAUAAAAUGUUUAAAGUCUUUGUUUCUGUAAAGCUGCUUUGUGACAAUGUCUGUUGUUAAUAGUGCUAUACAAAUAAAUUGACUUGAAUUCACAA